GGCACCGAACCGGGUACGCGAUACCGAGUGCGGAACCGGGUAUGAGAUACCGCGUACGGGACAGCGGGGACCGGGUACGGAACCGGGUACAGAACCGGGUGCGGGAUACCGGAGCAGCCUCAGCACAAUGUCCGUCAGCAGCCACGAGAACCGGAAAUCCCGCUCGAGCUCGGGCUCCAUGAACAUCCACCUCUUCCACAAACCGGGCCACGCCGACAGCCUCCUCACCCAGCUGAACCUGCUCCGCCAGCAGAACCUCUUCACCGACGUGGUGCUGCGGGCAGGGAACCAGAGCUUCCCGUGCCACCGCGCCGUCCUGGCCGCCUGCAGCCGCUACUUCAACGCCAUGUUCAGCGGGGGCCUGAAGGAGAGCAGGGAUGCCGAGGUCAACUUCCACGACUCGCUCCACCCCGAGGUGCUGGAGCUGCUGCUGGACUACGCUUACUCAGCCCGGGUGCUGAUCAACGAGGAGAACGCCGAGUCCCUGCUGGAGGCCGGGGACAUGCUGCAGUUCCAGGAUAUCCGGGAUGCUUCUGCUGACUUUCUGGAGAAGAAUCUCUACCCUGGGAACUGCCUGAACAUGCUGCUGCUGUCCGAUGCCCACUGCUGCGAGCGGCUGCUGGAGCUGUCCUGGAGGAUGGCCUUGGCCAACUUCACCUCGCUCUGCAAGACUGAGGAUUUCCUCCGGCUGCCCAAAGACAAGCUGCUGGAGCUGGUGGAGAGCGAGGAGCUGGAGGUGGAGGACGAGACUCUGGUCUACGAAGCCGUUAUAGGCUGGAUCCGCUACGAUUUGUCCCGGCGCCACGAAGUUCUGCCCGAGCUGCUGCGCUCCGUGCGCCUGGCCCUGCUGCCCGAGUCCUACCUGAGGAAGCAGGUGGCCUGCGAGAAGCUGGUGACCAGCCACAAGCUGGGGGAGGAGAUCGUGGCCGACGCCGUGCGCUGCAAAAUGAAGAUCCUGCAGAACGACGGGCUGGUGACGGGCUGCUGCGCCCGGCCCCGCAAGGUCAGCCAGGCCCUGCUGCUGCUCGGCGGCCAGACCUUCGUGUGCGACAAGAUUUACAUGCUGGACCAUAAAAGCAGCGAGAUCAUCCCUCGUGCCGACAUCCCCAGCCCCCGCAAGGAGUGCAGCGCCUGCGCCAUCGGCUGCAAGGUUUACAUCACCGGCGGCAAGGGCUCCGAGAACGGCGCUUCCAGGGACGUCUGGGUCUACGACACCCUCCACGAUGAGUGGGCCAAAGCUGCUCCCAUGCUGGUAGCGCGGUUUGGCCACGGUUCCGCCGAGCUGGACCACUGCCUGUACGUGGUGGGGGGACACACGGCCACGAACGGGGCCUUCCCGGCCUCGCCCUCCGUGUCCCUCAAGCAGGUGGAGCACUACGACCCGCAGCUGGACAAGUGGUCGCUGGUGGCUCCUCUCCGGGAGGGCGUCAGCAACGCCGCCGUGGUGGGAGCCAAGAUGAAGCUGUUUGUUUUUGGGGGCACCAGCGCCAACCAGAACAAGCUGCCCAAGGUGCAGUGCUUCGACCCGCGCCAGAACCGCUGGACGGUGCCCGCCAGCUGCCCCCAGCCCUGGCGCUACACGGCCGCCGCCGUGGUGGGCAGCCACGUCAUCGUCAUCGGCGGCGACACCGAGUUCUCGGCCAGCUCCGCUUACCGCUUCCACAGCGACACCUUCCAGUGGUCCAAGUUUGGGGACGUCACCGCCAAGUGCAUCAGCUGCCGCGCCGUCACCUCGGGGAACAGGCUCUACGUGGUGGGCGGCUACUGCGGGGCGCAGCGCUGCAAAACCCUGGACUGCUACGACCCCUCGUCCGACACGUGGAGCAGCGUCACCACCGUGCCCUACUCGCUCAUCCCCACCGCCUUCGUCAGCACCUGGAAGUACCUGUCAGCCUGAGACCUGCAAGGUUUCUCACCUGAUUUUGCCAAGUGCCUCCCUUGAUGAGGACCCAGAUGGAACACACGGGCAGCAGGAGCUUCUCCUCCCACCUGUGAGCUGGGUGCCACCAGCAGGGCUCAAGGAAACUCAGUUCUGGCUUUGAAUUGCUUCUGCAAACCCUUGGCCAGGCCAGGGAGGGGACAGGACCUCCUUGGGCUGGCAGCUUGUGCUGUCCCUUGAGACAGCAAAACGGUUUCCAAGUGUUCUCCUAACUCGUGUGAUCUCAGAGCAGGAACCAGAGAGAUUGCUUUGGUUUCAGUGGUGCUAGAAAGGAGAAAGGACACUCCUGACCAGCUGCAGGACUGCACUGCUGGCACUCACAGCACCCAAGCAGCAGCCUGGGAUGUCAGAACACGUGACAGUACUUUGCCCAAGGGCUGGUUCUGCACAUUGGUUUCUUUUUAUACGGCAGUUUUGUGUGUUUAUUACUCAGCCUGGAGCUGCUUCAAUAAAUCUGAAUAAAA